UUUUGCCUUUUCUUCCCAUCUUCCAUUUAUUGCUGCUGCCUGCUGCCUGCUGCCUGCUCAACCAACUCUCUCUCUCUCUCUCUCUCUCUCCGCGUUAAAGCAAGUGGAGGAGAUUCAGAAGACGGAUCAUACAGCGACCGAAGUACAUUGUGAUUGAGGCGGUGCAUCGCGAAUUGUAGGUUAAUUUCUCGAUCGAUCUGAGGCGGAGAAUGUCGGUUUACACCGUGAAAGUGGAGGAGGCGAGGCCGGCUACCGGCGGCAAGCCGGCGGCGGGGCCUGUGUACAGGUCUAUUUACGCCAAGGACGGCCUCCUGGAGCUGCCUGCUGAAUUGCACUCCCCGUGGGAGUUUCUCCGUGAUUCUGCUAAGAGGAUCCCAAAAAACCGUGUGCUUGGACGCCGUCAGAUCAUUGACUCCGAGGCGGGUCCCUAUGUGUGGCUCACAUAUGAGGAGCUUUAUGAUGCUGCUCUUCGAAUUGGGUCUGCAAUCCGCAGCUGCGGUGUUAAUCCAGGAGACCGAUGUGGUAUCUAUGGAUCAAAUUGCCCAGAAUGGAUAAUAUCUAUGGAGGCAUGUAGCAGCCAUGCCAUAACCUAUGUGCCACUGUACGACACACUUGGACCUAAUGCCGUGGAAUUCAUCAUCAAUCACGCUGAAGUUUCUAUAGCUUUUGUUCAGGAGAACAAGUUGGCCGCUAUAUUAGCAUGCCUCCCAAUGUGCAAUUCUCACCUAAAAACUAUUGUUAGUUUUGGGGAGAUAUCUGGCAUGCAAAAGAAGGAAGCUGAAGACGUAGGUGUAUCUUGCUUCUCUUGGAAAGAAUUUGCUUUAUUGGGAAACUUGGAUCAUGAACUUCCUUCAAAACAGAGAACCAACUUCUGCACAAUCAUGUAUACAAGUGGAACAACGGGAGAACCUAAAGGUGUUAUUUUAACUAAUGAGGCUAUCAUGACACAAGUUUUGAGCAUCGAUCACCUGCUACUAGAAACAGACAAAGUGGCUACAGAAGAUGAUACAUACUUCUCGUUCCUGCCUUUGGCCCAUGUAUAUGACCAGAUUGUUGAAACCUAUUGCAUCUACAAGGGUUCUUCAAUAGGAUUUUGGCGAGGCGAUGUUAGAUAUUUGAUUGAGGAUGUUGUUGAACUGAAACCCACUAUGUUCUGUGGGGUUCCCAGGGUUUAUGACCGUAUAUAUGCAGGUAUAAUGGAUAAGAUUUCGUCUGGAGGUGCAUUGCGGAAGGCAUUGUUCCAGUAUGCAUACAACUACAAAUUGAGGAAUCUGGAGAAGGGACUGCGACAAGAUCAAGCAGCUCCUCUAUUGGACAAACUUAUUUUUGAUAAAAUCAAACAAGGAUUAGGGGGACAAGUUCAUUUAUUGUUAUCUGGAGCUGCACCUUUGCCAACGCAUGUCGAGGAGUUUUUGAGGGUGGCAUGCUGUUGUGUCGUAUCUCAAGGAUAUGGUCUUACUGAAAGCACUGGUGGAUGUUUUACAUCAAUAGCCAAUGUCUUCCACAUGAUGGGAACUGUUGGAGUUCCAGUCACAGCAAUCGAAGCAAGGCUUGAGUCAGUGCCAGAACUUGGAUAUGAUGGACUUGCUAGUGUGCCGCGUGGAGAAAUCUGCCUGAGGGGAAAAAUUUUGUUCUCUGGUUACUACAAACGACAGGAUCUGACUGAUGAUGUCCUUGUGGAUGGCUGGUUCCAUACAGGUGACAUUGGAGAAUGGCAACCUGACGGAGCAAUGAAAAUCAUUGACAGGAAAAAGAAUAUUUUCAAACUGUCACAAGGGGAAUACAUUGCUGUGGAAAACCUUGAAAAUACAUACUCCCGUUGCCCUCUUAUAACAUCUAUUUGGGUCUAUGGAAACAGUUUUGAAUCCUUCCUUGUGGCCGUGGUUGUUCCUGAAAGAAAGGCACUUGAGGAAUGGGCUUUGAGCAAUAACCAAACAGGAGAUUUCAAAAUGUUGUGUGAAAACCCUAAGGCAGUUAAAUUUAUUCAAGAUGAACUCAAUAGCACCGGUCAGAAGCACAAGCUUAGGGGCUUUGAAAUGCUAAGAGCAGUUCAUCUGGAGCCAAAUCCUUUCGACAUGGAGAGGGAUCUAAUAACUCCAACAUUCAAACUGAAGAGGCCUCAGUUACUGAAAUACUACAAGGAUCGCGUCGAUCAACUCUACGCCGAAGCAAAGGGGAAGAAGGAAUGAAAGCUGGGCGGUUGUCGACACCACGUGUAGACAAGCCAACGAUUUAAAGAAUAAGAUCUCGGCUCAAGAAAAGAUAAUAUGUACUUUCCCCAGCAACUUCAGAUGCUUAUCCUUGUUUACCAUUGCACAUAAUAUAAUAAUUAAUAAUAUCAUUCACUCCUAAACA